ACUCCAUUUACUCCAUUCAUCUCUACAACGCAUUACAACAACCCCCCUCUCAAGCUCCAGCUUUAAUCCAUCCACCUCCACGUCUCAUUCACAUCAUGGCCCCCAGACAGCGCGUCGUUUCCGGUCGCCCCCAGAAGGGUUUCCUCAGCACCGCCUAUGAGGAACUUACUGCCGCCGAAAACGCUACCAUCGUUCGAAGCCUUCUUGUCUUCGGUGCUGGCGUCGCUUUCCUCCACAGCAGCCUCGGCGAGCUCCUCCUCCCUCCGUAAGUUCGAGUUAACACCGAGUCCCUGUCAACCGCUCAGGACGUCGGCCGGCCAGGAUCACACAGGUUGCUAAUGAUUGAUGAGCAGUAUGUAAAUGGAUACCCUAUGCCUCCGUCCAACUCCGUGAAUAUGAAGGCCGCCCGACAGGCCGGGAAUCGG